GACAGACAGAAGAAAGGGACUCUUUUCAGUCCAGAAAAAUGCUCACUCCUUCCUCAGAACAUUUCCACUGUGAUGAAAAAAGACUGAUGAAGCCUCAGAGAGAAACGCAACUCUGGGUGGUGAUGCAAUAGUGCAGAAUCCAGAAUGGAUGUCCUCUUUGCAGCCAUCCUUGCUGUGCCACUUAUCUUGGGACAAGAAUAUGAGGAUGAAGAAAGAGUGGGAGAGGAGGAAUAUUAUCAGGUGGUCUAUUAUUAUACAGUCACCCCCAGUUAUGAUGACUUUAGUGCAGAUUUCACCAUUGAUUACUCCAUAUUUGAGUCAGAGGACAGGCUGAACAGGUUGGAUAAGGACACAACAGAGGCAGUAGGGACUACCAUUAGUCUUGAAACAGCACGUGCAGACCAUCCGAAGCCUGUAACUGUGAAACCAGUAACAACGGAACCACAGAGUCCAGAUCUGAAUGAUGCUGUGUCCAGGUUGCGGAGUCCUAUUCCCCUCCUCCUGUCGUGUGCCUUUGUUCAGGCGGGGAUGUAUUUCAUGUAGAAGGUGGGAGAAGGCUGCUCUGAGUCUUUGGAUGGGAGUUUGGCAAGAGGAAAUUGGAAGAUAAAAUAAAUAAGUGAAAUAAUCUGGUUA